UAUUGUCACUGGGUGAUCUGCAAAGGUAAAUGAAAGGUAAUUGGUGCAGCAGCUAAAGCUGCAGAUUUGCCUGAGGUGUGAGAAGGGGGAGGGAGUGUAGAUGCGCAGAUAUAUAACUCCGUGCACAGCUUGCCCACCUGUAGAGAACUGUACUUGGAUUUCAAAACAACUCACCUGGUGGAUAUACUGCAAUCACACUUUAGCCUGCCUCCCUGUUUCUUGGACAUUCGUCGGCCACACUGAAGAGGGAAUAGAACAGUGUUCAAUAAAUUCUCAAGAAUCAGGAAAUUUGUAAAAAAUGACUUGGCAAGGUAUUACCAUUGUGCUUAUGACUUUGACACUGAAAACUUACGCGCAGGUUCCGCCAUUUUAUCAAAACACACCUGAAGUGAAAGAGUUACUUCGAACGAUCGUCAAUCCAAGCUGUGUGUGGGUGGAGGUGCCGGACAACAAAAGGUACGCCCAGCCCGUGGUUGUGUACCCUGACGGCGAUGUCCUCAUCUGGAACUACACCAUGUACAUGAACUGCCCACCCGACACCAACAUCUGGAGCAAUGCAGCCUGCGCAUGCGUGCGUGAUGGCGACACCGUGACGUCAUUCGUCACACCCGGCAAGCCUCCCUGCAACUACCUCGCCAACGUACGCCUCGACCCCGACGCCAAGAAGUUCACCGACGACUACCGGUUCAUCACCAGCGGUCCGAGCGACCAGAAGGCCGAUCUCGGGGACCUGACGGUGCCAGACCCUAGCUCGGUUAAUGGCUACUCUCUGCGCCUGACUGGGGUGCCUCUGGGGUUCCAGGAAUUUGCCAGCAAUGACCUCCAAGGUAACUGGCGCAUGGAGCUCAGCGUGAAGCCAUCCACCUCAAGUAGCAUGAUCGUCUUGAGCAACGACUGCACCAACGAGAAACCCGAGGCCGUUCAAGAGGAUCCUGAGAACAAGAAGAACAGACGGCCGUCGAUGACUUUGUCGCUUGACUCCAAUCUUGUCCUCACUCUGCGCUUCUCCGACGACAAAGUAGAAGAUCUUCAAUGUCAGGUCACCGCGAACAGUCUCGGGUGGUACCCGAUAGCAGUGGACAGCGCGAAGUUUAACAUCACCGUCACGGUGAGCGGAAACGUGUGUGGCUCCAUCUACUCCGUCAAUCCCUUGCGGAGGAGUGAGUGCAAGCUUUAUCUUGGUGGAAGACCUGGAAGUCCACAGGACGCCUUCGAUGGUUUUGUGGAAUAUUUCCGUUUCAUCCGGGACCCGCAGGCGUGUGACGUGUAAUCUACUUCCGGCGUCCCUGACCUUCAUCGCAGACGUUUGCCGCCAUUUAGUGUUGCUGACAUCAACUCUAAGGGAAACGUUUUCGCUGGGUUUUCCGUUCUUCAUGGAUUAAGGAAAAUCUUUGCAAGCCAUGCAAACAUUAGGAAGAAAGAAGUCGAAGUGUAGAAGUAUAUUAUUUCUUUAUUAGACUGGGCAACAAAUAAAUCAGAUAUGAUUUAUGUAGGGGACCUUGUGAUCAUUUUUUAUUAUGCAUGAAAAAAUAAAAACUGACCUGUGAAAGCAUCAUUAGGCAUAACAUUCCUGAUUGAAAAAUUCAAGAGUCUGAGCCAAGCACCAAGAACAUAAUAAUAAAAUAAAGGAUGAAAAUUAAACAUUUAAAAAAAAAAAAA